GAGAGGGAAGCUGACCAGCGGUGGAUGCAGGGCAAACAUGGCGCCCAGAUGUCGCAAGAAUUAGAACGGCAGGCAAAUCUGGUAUCUGAGUUGCAUUCGUCCCCUACUGAUGUCUUCCCUUCUUCUUCCUUCUAUUCUAAUGAGUCUGACAAUAUUGAGGAAAAUUCGACUGACUGCAUUAUAAAGAGGUUAAACGAGACUGGAACGAUUGAUGCAGGGUUGGAUGGUAGCGAAAGGGAACUUGAUGGGAUGAAUCGGAAAAGUGGGAGCCUUGCAUCAACAGAGAAAAUAGAGAGGAAAGAUGAGGACAAUGUGGAACACGAGGUAUGGUUUGACCAUCACAACUGCCUCACUCCUGUUGGAAAGGACGAUGAUGAGGAUGAGGAUGCGUUAGCCUAUCGCAUGCAUCGGCAGGAUUAUUAUGCACGGAAACUCAAAAUCGACAUCCGUGGAGACUCGAAUCGAACCUCGGAGACCUUCAUGGAAGCGGCUCUGUUCCCCAUCUGCCAGCAAUACAUUAAGACUCUGCAAUGGGUGCUGAGUUACUACUUCAAAAGUGUAGCGGAUUGGAGUUACUAUUACCCCUAUCACUACGCACCCUUUGCUUCUGAUCUCCUUAUUUUUACAAAACAUUUCGCCAAAGAUUGUGCAGACCACAACAAAAUGAAUGAUUGGACUAACUUUUUGCCCUGCACGAAGCCUUUACUACCCUUUGAACAGCAAAUGUUCAUCAUGCCGGCUAUGAGUGCUAACAUCGUGCCCCAGCCUUACAGAUGGCUACUAGCUCCUUCAGGCAGUCCAGUAUCCGAAUUUUUCCCCGAUGAGUUUGAGACUGACAUUAAUGGGAAGUUGGCUGGCUGGGAGGCUGUCGUGUUAAUCCCCUUUAUUGAUGAGGCGAAGAUGCUGGCUGCAAUGGAACCCUGCACAAAGCUGUUGUCUCCGGAAGACUCUAAAAGAAACGUGCACCGAGGUCACUUUAUCCUGCGGGUAAGAGAUAGGGAAGGAGUUGACUAUCCCGCCACAUUCGAAUCUCUCGUUUCCGAAGAGGUCGAUUUUGAGUUCUUCCGGACCCAUAUACUUCGAGAUCUAGAGCAGCGCUUCAAAGUCUGGUACCAGGUCCCCCGGCAUGUGGAUCUAGUUUUUCCCAGUCUCUAUCGCAUACCUUUCACCUACAAAAUCGCUCGUGUAGGUGUUCGGACCUUUUCAUUUCCGAGCAAGGGUGAGAGUGUCUUACUAACGGUUAAGCACCCAUCGGGUCGCAGCGCAUCCAGUCUUGGAUCUCUGAAGAGCGUGGCUGACAGCUAUCUAGGAAGAGCCAUUCUCACCGGCUGGCCAUACUCUCGUCUUGUUGUACCUUUCGCUCUGAUGGAUGAAAAUGAAAUUUGGGAAUUAGACAUGAAAGCUGGCACGAGCAACGAAAGCUCAAGGGAAGCGAUGUUGGUGGUGGAGCGAACGUCGCUUCGAGAGCAUUCAGAGGCACCCUUUUGGACAUCAAUGCGUUGGCUACACUCGCAGGCAGAGUAUAGCAUUUCGCGCUUGCGCGAUUUCUGUGCCAUCACCUUUGCCGGUGAAGAACCUCGGGCCGCCCUUCUUUGCCUUCCUCCCUCUAACUGCGUCUUCUCCGUCGUGAUCAGCGAAUCCGACCCUUCCCAAGUUGGACUGCGCCCGCUGCUCAUGCAUGUGGCACCUUUGCUGAAGCAGCCUACGGCGCCCCGGACACUUCGCCGGCGCCACACGCCACUACAAGCUAACAAACGGUCACUCUGCUCCGACGCUAACGUCAGCAUCGAAAUAGGUGGUGAAGCAAGUUUGGAGAUCCUUGACCUCACUAUCGAUCCCUCUACUACACCUUUCGUUAGAUCUCUACUCGACGUCUUUCGUCUCGCCUCCAAAGCUCUCAUCUUCACACAGCGUGAAGACAGGUGUUUUGGGCGCGUCGGGGAAAUUGUGGGCUCGACGACUGAUAACAAGCUCACCAUACAGCUCUUCCCCGACCCUCCUCUGGCAGAGGAUCCGUCUCUUUUUUCAGCAGCUGCUCUUGAUGCGGAUGAAUCAAGUUACCUGACGCCGAUACAGAUAUCGCAAGAGCUUCGCCUCACACAGCACAUUAUCCACCGCAUUAUUGGGAAUUUCAUGGUACGUGUGCCGCCGUCUCCAGACAGCAUCAAGCAUAGACGGUCCCGCGAUGGUGUGUUGGAACGCAGUAACCUGGCUAAUAUAGGACUCUCUCUCAUUCCGCAUUGCAAACGAGCCUGUAUCGUAGGAUGGAGUCGCUACUCCAAAUCAAAAAAGAUGUGGGUAUUUUCGCCUCGUACCGUCAGCGCGAUCGCCAAGUACAACCAGCUCUUCCCCACUGUGGUUAACUUCAUUGGGGCCAGCAAUAUGAAAAUUCCCGCCUUUGAAAUGAGUGACAUUUUCCCCAUAAACACCUUCGAGAAGUACUCUGAGCUGCGAACGUUCCUGCGCAGCGAGGGUAAAGGCAACCGGAUAGUGACGGACACGAACGCGCCCCCGUUGGACACAGAGGGCCUUUCGAUUGUCAAAAAUCGUCUCCCUUCUGAUGCGUGCUUCCGUAUGUCAUCCUCCAGGGAAUGUCCUUGCAUUGAAAUCGCCCCCACUGACGUCUUUGCGAUCUUGCCUGACGGCGGUCGUGUCGUGCCACAGGGCUAUCAAGCGUGGUUGAAGCGGCUCGGAAAGAAGUUGGAAACAUUUGAGCUGCUAGACCGGGUCAUGUACGUCGGUCCGCAACGCGAUAUUUUCGGCCUUUGUGGCUUUGUCGUUGGUGUCUACUUAGUUCUCGUGGUGGCCUCUUCCCACUUACUGCACUACCCUCGUUUUGCCAAAUCCACUCAAAAUGAAACCACAAAUCCAAUCAGCGCGAAGGAUCAAAAGGAGAGUAAUAUUAUUGGAAAAAGGCAGCAGCAUUUAGGAAAGGCUUUGGUGAAGAAAGAGAUGAGCUCCAGCGAUUCUUUGCUGCCACCUGAGUGGCUGGCCAAACCGCCGUCGGAAUUCGCCUCUCCUUCGACUACUAUCCCUGCUUCGAACGUGAAAUCGACAAAGCAUGUGUCUGCUUCAAAAAAUCCGCUUUCACAGACCCUCCCUCCGCCUAUGAAGCACAGCAACUUGAACGCGACUCCCUCUCUAUUAGGACGAUUGCCUGUUCAGUCGUGUCCACAGUCCUCCCAGCACCCACAAAAUCGUCAAGAAAAACAUCAGCUGCGACACAUACCGACCACUGCCGAUCAGACAGUUGCGUCACCGCAUUUGUUGCAACCAAGUUCUGUUCCUAUUAUAUAUCCCACCUCGGAGGCGCAGCUACCGCCAAAUCCGCAGGCCCCCACCCUUUUCCCCCCCAGCACAUGGUGCCUUAGUUCACCAGGUUGGUGUCCCGAAACCUGUCCAUCACAAUCCGAGCAGAAUUCUGAGGUGUCGCCACUGUGGGCCCCGGUAGAUCCACGCUUUGUGGCCUACUGGCAUAACGAUGGGAGCCUAGUUUUCGUGGAUUCGGCCACCAAUCAGGUGCUAUCUGUUGAACAGCUUCGAGACCUGUACUUCCCUUUUGGACAACAGCCUUUGCAACUCACUCAAUCCCCAGAAUACUUUGCUCCCCAACAGUUACACCUGCAAUCUAUUACGCCUUCUGUGAACGAUUCCCACCUGUCAAUGGCAGCUCAACUCCCUGCGGACUUCGUUUUCCUUCCUUUGUAG